GCCAGGCUAACGUGUCUUUGAAUCACCUCUGCCCCAUCCAGACAAGUACAGCAAUAUAAGACAAUUGAUACUAAGGGGGAAAAAACACACCACCACUACCAGUUCUUGAGAUUACCUGUGCCAGUGCUUGUGGAAGAUCUAUCUCAGAAUGACUACUAUAAAGCUAAUAGCAUCACUCCUCUCCCUGGCUUAUCUGCUGCAAGUGGUCCUGUGCCUGAGAAUUGCCUCUUUCAAUAUCAAGAGCUUUGGUGAGACCAAGAUGUCUAAUAACACCAUCUCUGACUAUACUGUGACGAUCCUGAAUCAGUAUGAUAUUGCCCUCAUCCAGGAGGUGAGAGACAACUAUCUGACAGCUGUAGGGAAACUGAUGGAUAAACUCAACGGAGACUCACCAAAUGCCUAUCAUUUUGUGGUCAGUGAGCCUCUAGGGCGGAACACUUACAAAGAACGCUAUCUCUUUGUAUUCAGACCUGACAAAGUGUCCGUCCUAGACAGCUAUUAUUAUGAUGAUGGCUGUGAACCCUGUGGAAAUGACACCUUCAGCCGGGAGCCUGCCAUCGUCAAAUUCUCCUCCCCAAUUACAGAGGUGAAAGAGUUCGUCAUUGUACCCUUGCACGCAGCCCCAAAUGAUGCUGUUGCUGAAAUAGAUGCACUCUACAAUGUCUACUUAGAUGUCCUCCAAAAAUGGGACAUAGAGGACAUUCUGUUCAUGGGAGAUUUCAAUGCUGAUUGCACUUAUGUCACCCCUUCCCACUGGUCAUCUAUCCGUCUCCGCACUGACCCAGCAUUCCAGUGGCUAAUUCCUGACACUGCAGACACCACUGUGACGUCGACUGACUGUGCUUAUGACAGGAUUGUGGCCUCUGGAACUAAGCUACAAAAUGCCAUUGUGCCUGGAUCAGCCACCACAUUUGAUUUCGAGGCAGCAUACAAAUUGAGUCAUGAAAUGGCUCUAGCCAUCAGUGAUCAUUAUCCUGUGGAGGUUACACUGAAGAAAGCUUGAAUCUCCACGAUGGCUAUAUUCAUCUAACUUCUUUACUUCAUCUACUUCCCUAACUUCUGGCCAAAGUCACCAAAAGAACUGAAAAUGAUGGCUGAUGUCUUUAUUUGCCUUCUUCCCCCUAACAUGGGCUCCUAAAUGUCAAUGUGCAAAGUAUUCUAUCAUUAGAUUUGGACAAACUGGUUAUAGGAUUUGCUGAAGAUAUAAGAUGAUAGUAUCCUCUCUGAUUUAUUAAAAAAAAAACAAAAAAAAACAAUAGCUGACUACCUUCAUGGGCCUGAAAGAGACAAUUAAGUUGAUUAGAUUUUAAAACUGAAACCUUAUCCUAGAGUCAGGAUCCUGAAAACACCUGAAUUGUUACAGAAUUAAAAUGCAGGAAUUAAAAAGACCUUAAAUGGAAUCUAAGAAAGCCUUUGAUCAAAGUCAACAGUCAUUGUUCCUAGAAGGAACCUAUGGCCCUACUCAUCCAUCAACAUUAAAGAGCCUGAGCCUGGCUACUGCUCCUCUAAGUCUGUUAUCUCCCCCAUUAGAAUAUAGGCUCUGAGGGGCAGCUAGGUGGUGCAGUGAAUAGAGCUCUGGCCUUGGA